AUGGUAUGCUAUUUCUCUGGUUAUGAUGAUUUUAGUCGACUAAUGGGAUGGAUGGAUGGAUGGUCCACUAAAUCCAUGUUCUUGUUGUGGUGGUAUUUUAUUCGUCCCACUAAACUGCUCAUCAGAUCCGAUUGUUUUGGGAUAUUGAAAACAAUCAAAUCAUUUCUUACUAUUGUUUGUUUUGUUGUUAUUAUUGAACCCACCCUUAAAUCUAGACUAUAUCAACCCUCAUCAGAUAGCUACUAUUCCCCCUAUUAA